GCUGGUGAUCAUGUGUGAUUUUAUUGUCACAGUUAAACAUCACAUUAAGAAUAAUUAAGAAAAUAUAAGACAGAUCGAAGUAAAUGAAAUGUAUUCAGGGCUACCAACAAGACAGCCCAGGCCGCAACACUCUGCUAAAUUGUGACGAAGUUCUGGCUGUGGCAACAGCUUCAGACAAAGCGCAUACUCAGAAAAGGAAGAGGUUAAAGGAAACAGGACAUGCCAGUCAGAGGAAAGCGACGCUCUAGAGGACAUUGCUGAGCUACGCGUCCUGAGUAAAAUAAUGACUCGCCUGCAAGUCCUCGUUCCGUCGUCACCGACAACGGCGAACGAACUAUGUCGAAUUCAUAGCGAAAUAUUUCUGGAAAGACUUCAGCGGUUCGAUAUGUGGGCUCUGAAAAUGUUUGAUUCAUCUGCUAAGCUUCCCGCCGGACUUCUGAACGGAAAUGUCAAUCAGUAUGGGGAUUUCGACCAGUGUCUGGACGUAGCAGAGGAUCUGGACCCCGUUGUGUACUCCCACCUUGAGGAUCAUCACAUAGCCGGGAAAUUCUGUCUGGCGCACCUGGACAUGGGUGUGAGAAGCACCACUAGGUCCAACCCGAUUCUGAAGGAAGUGGACGACCUCGUGCAUGCACAUCGACCUAUUAUUAGCACCGUAAAUGACCCGGGCCACCGUAUCGCACGAUUUUCAACAGUGAGCUGGGGUUUCUGCGUUCCGGUUUCCUGUUCAGCGGAAGACCUAGAGAAGUCCCUGAUCGAGUCCCUCGAAACCCUUCUCAAGGACACUCCUGUUACUCUGAGCGUCAAGGUCGAUCCGGACAUGUGUUACGUCAAGGACUUGCAGCCAAUUACGGCUGGAACCAAAGUUACCGUAGCUUUAUUUAUAUUUAUUCUUGGUCUUGUGGGAUUCGGUACUUGGAUAGACACAGGUCAACGUUCUCCGAAGGAAGCAAAGACUGUAAGACUGUUGAAGGCUUUUUCGCUGAAGAAGAAUUUUCGUACAUUACUGAAAACAGAAAACGUCUCAAACGAUUUCGCCUGUCUGCAUGGGAUAAGAACACUAAAUGCAGUUGCUUUAAUUGUCUUCCACAAGUCAGUGGCUUUGUAUUUCAACCCAUAUGUUAACAGAACGUAUAUGGCUGAGACAUUCUCAAAAAGCUGGUCUGUCAUUGGAAGGACGUCGAUUAUCUACACAGAUUCGUUUAUAUUUAUCAGUGGUUUUCUUACGUCUCACAGCCUGCUGGCAGAACUCGAUUCAAACAAGAAGAUUAAUAUUUGCAGAAAAUAUUUUUCACGAUAUAUGAGAAUCACGCCAAACCUUGUGGCCGUAAUUCUGUUCUGCACGCACAUUUUGAAUCAUCUUGGAUCCGGACCGCAGUGGAAUCUUGUCGUAAAACGCCAUUCGGACUUCUGCCAGAGGAACAUGUGGAGGAAUUUAUUGUACAUACAUAACUACUUCGGUUUUGAAGACAUGUGUCUGACCCACACCCAUCAGCUGGCAGUUGACAUGCAGUUGUACGUCGUGACCCCCAUCCUGGUCUACGUGCUGUGGAGUAGACGCUGGCUUGGUUUGUCGACCGUGGUACUGACAUGCACCGUUUCGUCCAUUCUGCGUUACGCUGUCACAUACGACAGAAAAUUAAGUACCGUUGUGUACUUUGGCACACCGGUCUCGCAGUUCUUUGAUACCGCUAGAUUAUCAUACUCCUUGCCUACACACCGAGCGUCUAUGUACCUGUUUGGGGUUGCUGUGAGAUACCUGAUUCAUGAAACAAAACCGAAAUUUUCUCUAAAUAAGAUUCAGAUUUUGACCGGCUGGAUCGUAUCUGGCGCAAUGGGUCUCCUAGCAAUGUGCGGGCCAUACCACAUGUCGUUUCCCAGCUACCGAUAUAGCCCGCAAGAGGCAGCACUGUACAGCGCACUAUCUCCAAUUCUGUGGGGCGCGUUCCUAGGCUGGCUCACAUUUGCUGAAUCAAUGGGAUAUUCAGGUAUUUUGGGCCGCGCUCUGUCAUGGAAAGGAUUCGCUGUGUUCGCCCGCAUUUCCUACAGCGUGUAUCUCACACAGUUUCCCAUUUUUUUCUACAAUGUUGGUACUAGACGAACUGCCACCUCAUACAGUCCACACUUACUGUUUGAAGUGGGAGAAGUUGCCUCCAUAAUUCUGGCAUCGAUUUUAUUAACUCUUGUCAUUGAUCUACCAUUCCAGGAAGUUAAGAAAAUUUUAUGGAAGGAAGAGCCAAGGAUAUUUCAAGAAACCAAGGAAUCUAAGAGCCAAGAAUACGUCACCGAAAGCAAUUGAAUCUCUGAAAAGAAAAGAGAAGACAACAUAAACAAACAACAAGAGCUCAAUUAUAUCCAUAUCUUUCUCAUCGAGUGAAACAGAUAUGAAGAUUGACAAUAAAAUGUUUGCAUGAAGGUGGAAUGCUCAAUCACUGCUGCCGCGUCCUGCCAUCUACACGGAAACGACUGAAAGUUAGAAAUUCCCACAUGGACUUGCCCAUGAGCUGUAGCGUGUUUUAAUUUCUUUUUAGAAGUUAACUUUUUUCAGCCGUUCUGACUCAUUUACCAUUCUAACGUUCUUGGAUUAUAUAAUACAAGGAAAUUAUAAACAAUUUUAAUGGCAAUUAAAGUAUUUGUUUAAAAUAAGA